CUUGCAAUUUAACAGAUUUAUGCAAGAAUUCAACAUAUUGUUUUUAUGUUUUAAUUUAGGGUUAAUAUGUAGUUAGUUUCGAUCAAGGCUGUAUUUUAAUUACUUUUUAAUUUCUAUUGGUUUUCUUAGUCAUUUAUAUUGCAUAUAGAUUCUAGUUGUUUUAUAUUUCUGCUUAUUACAACAGAGAUGCUGAUGUUGUUGUUUAAUUGCUGUUUAAAUUUCAAUGCUUUUACAAAAUCAUCAAUAAUAAUUCACUUGCACAGUUGUGAUUUGCGUUGGCCGAGUUUUUCAUAGAACCGUAGCUUAAAUUUCCACCCCUUUAAUUUUUAUUCUCUGUUUUGGGUGGGAUUUUUGUUGAUGAGCUUCUGCGAUUGCGGUGGUGUUGGUAACUGCAGACUGUUGUGCGGUAUGUUGUGUUGUUAUCCGGGUUGCCUCUACAUUUAUGUUCUUAUUGCCAAUUGUGCUUUUGCAAAUGCAUCCUGUGAAGGUUUAGGAUUUACUAUCUUUCUCAAUUUCAACGUUGCUAGCUACUAAAGCCAAUACUAUGGCCCGUGAAUUUGUUUUGGGUAUUCCCCCUCCGACCUCUUAUUAAUCAAACCGAUUAGUUUGUGGGUGGUUUCAUUGGAUGUGAUUUUUUAUAUUUUACUCCUGUUUAUAACAUCUUAUAUGGUUGAAUUUCCCAAGAUUUUUCUUGCAUUUGGUGAUUUCUGACUGAAUAUAAAUGCAUAUUGUUGUUUUGAUAGGUUAUCCUAACCCACAAUAGGUAAGCUGUAUAUAACUAGACUCUGCAAUAUUUGUGAAUACUGGGAAAAUAAAUUUACCUUAACUAGUAAUACAAAAGCAAAGUAAUCAGUUAACAAGAGAUUAGACUCUAGAUAUUAGGUAAUUUCAUUAGACUUAGAUGCUACUGCUAGUUAAGGUACAUUUAUUUUCCCAGUAUGACGUUCUGCAAUGAGAUGUAAUUACCUCAGUAUGACGUUAUGCAAUGAGUUGUAAUUACCUCAAGAAAAGCCCAAAUUUCCUCGAAAAGUUCCUUUAAAAUCACAAAAAUAAUUAGAAAACAUCCCAAAACUAGUUGUAUUCUGCUUUCUGUGUGGGAGGAUGGUUUUCCAUAUAUUUUUCCAAGGUUCAGCUUCAAAUAUUAUUAACCUCUUUAAUCCGUACUGAAUUUCUGUUUCAGAGAAAUAAAUUAUCUAUAAAUUUCUCGUAAAUUAACCAGGGUUCUUUAGCAUUGGAUAUAGGAAGACUAGCAGGAGGAUAUGGAAUGGGUGCCUUCUCCUAUGUGGUACCUGUUUACAUUGCGGAAAUAUCACCUGUAAAUCUCCGAGGAGCACUUACAACAUUAAACCAGGUCAUGAUCUGUACUGGCGUCUCAGUGGCGUUUAUAAUAGGGAUAGUUUUAUCAUGGAGGACUUUAGCAUUAACUGGACUUGUUCCAUGUGCUGUUCUGCUUUUGGGUUUAUGCUUCAUUCCAGAAUCUCCAAGAUGGAUGGCGAAAAUAGGAUCUCAAAAGGAGUUUGAAGCUGCAUUUCAGAAACUUCGUGGCAAGGAUGCAGAUAUAACCCAUGAGGCUGCUGAGAUUCAAGAUUACAUAGAAGAACUCGAAAAGAUGCCCAAAGCUAAUAUGUUUGACUUGUUUCAAAAGAGGUAUCUACGUUCUGUAACGGUAACUCUUGAGAUCCCUUGGGUCAAGUGGGAAGAUGGGUGGACAUGGGAAGUGAAGGCACAAUUGAUGGAAGCUGUUGAGUGGCCUCAAAAGCACCAGGAUGCAUUCGAGCGAAUUGGAACCUGCCCACCAACAGGAGUGUUGUUGUUUGGUCCCCCCUGGAUGCAGCAAAACGCUCAUGGCCCGUCCUGUAGCUUCUGAGGCAGGACUGAAUUUUCUGGCUGUCAAGUGUCCAGAGUUAUUCAGCAAGUGGGUUGAUGAAUCUGAGAAGGCUGUUAGAUCUCUUUUUGCCAAAGCAAGAGCUAACGCGCCAUCAGUUAUAUUUUUUGAUGAAAUAGACAAUCUUGUUGUC